GGGUCGCGCGGAGUCAGCAGCGCAGCCAGGGAUGUGAAACUUGUCCCGGAUAUUUACCUAACUAUACCUGGCUUUCCCGACGCGCUCUGGUCCGAGGUUUUAACAGCGGAGUGUCUGCGGACUAUGACCCGUCUCUGAAGCGGGACGACGGAGUGUGAGACAGGCUGGCCUGGAUCCAUUAAUCGUUCACCUGGAAACCAACACAGGACACAUGUAUGUCUCCUCUCAGUGACACGCUGAGGGCAGGGUGUUUGCCUUGAGAGGGAGGCCAAGCUACGGUGGUAACAGUCAUGCCAAAACCAGACCUGCUGUGCCUAGUUCAGCUGCUGGACGGCACUAUCGAGACCUUCAGAGUCAGCAAGCAGGAUGAAGGUGAGGUUCUGUUGGACCUAGUAUGUGACCACCUGGGCCUGCAGGAGAAGCAGCUCUUCAGUCUGCAGAUCAGAGAAUCCAGCACAGCCAUCGCCUCUGUCACAGCCAACACACACACUUCUAGAUGGUUGGAGCCUGAGAAACCCUUGAAGAAGCAGAUAAAAGGUCUUGUUUCACCCUUUUAUCUGAACUUCAGGGUACGAUUCUUCAUCUCUGAUCCCAACUCUCUGCAGCAUGAACAGACAAGGCACUUGUACUUCCUCCAGAUCAGAAGUGAUAUUAGAGAAGGACGGUUGCAGUGCCCGCUGAGUGCAGCUGUAGUGUUGGCUUCAUACGCUGUGCAGUCGGAGAUGGGGGAUCAUUCUCCGUCCAGACUCCCUGGUUACCUGUCAAAGUGCCACUUUAUCCCAGAGCAGGAUGAAGACUUUCUGUGUAAAGUGGAGGACCUGCAUCCACAGCACAAAGGGCUGAAGCAGAGCGAAGCAGAGCUGUGUUUCCUCAACAUAGCACGGACACUGGAGCUGUAUGGGGUGGAACUGCAUACUGCCAUGGACAUCAACAAUGCCCCUCUGAUGGUGGGUUUGGCCUCGAGUGGUGUUGCAAUAUUCUGUAACAUGGUUUGCUCCAGUUUCUUUCCCUGGGGGAACAUCAUCAAGAUUUCAUUUAAGAGAAAACACUUUCUUAUACAUCUGAAACGUAAACACGGUGAGACCCAGGAUUGUGAGGUGUCUCUGAUUCUGCCCUGUCCGAAGACCUGUAAGAACCUGUGGAGGUCCUGUGUGGACCAUCACUCCUUCUUCUCCUCCAGCCGGACUGCCAGGAGCCCCAAAUACAACAACAGCACAGUUCAGUCCUACAGAAAACUGAUAACGCAACACCUGGGCCUCGGCAACAGUAAAACUGAGACUGGUCCGGUGUGCCAGCGGGUGGUGGGUGGGAUGGUGUGGAACGUAGUCCUGCGGAGGUCGAACUCAUCAGAGUAUCUCGAGACCAAGAGUCUGCCUUCCAGAUCACCCCCAACCACCCCGAACUGGCGAAGUUCUCGAGUUCGUCAUGGCAUCAGCAAACCCCGUCCAUCCUCCAUGGAGCUCAACACUGACAUGAAAGACAUGUCAGAAGGGGAGGAUGUCUUCUACACAUACAGAUCGUCUGUGAGCAACAGUGAGGGAGAUGCUUCACCACAUCGCCUUUCUGGCACUUACAGCCAAGCACCAGAUGAGGCUUUGGUGCACACUGAUGACAAUAUAGGAGGGGAGGACAGUUUACACCAUAACAACAAGGAUGCUCUCGGCGACGGCGACUUAAUGCUAAUUUGUAUUACCCCGGAUCAUGAGGGCAAGUUUGGCUUCAAUGUUAAAGGCGGGGUGGAUCAGAAGAUGCCUCUAGCCAUAUCCCACGUUAAACCUGACUCUCCAGCAGGUCGAUGUGAGCCCAAACUCAUGGAGGGAGACCUGCUGGUCCUCAUCAAUGGUCGGGACAUUUCUGAACACACACAUGACCAGGUCGUCAUGUUCAUACGAGCCAGCAGAGAGUCGCACUCCAGAGAGCUGGCCCUGCUCAUCAGACGUAAAGGUCCUGGUCGGGUGGCACCUAUGCUGCAGUUACCUCCCACCCUCACACUCACCAGCCAAUCACAGGGAGAGAAGCCACAGUCACCUGGCCGGUCAGAGCGGGUCACGACACUGGAAGAGUCGAUGAAACAGCUGGAGAAAGGAAUACAGUCUGGCACACUCUGUUUCCAUUUUGAGAAUUUGUACCGGAGAAAGCCUGGUUUGUCACUAAACUGUGCUCGGCUUCCUGAGAACACGGACAAGAAUCGAUAUAAGGAUGUUUUACCUUAUGAUGCUACCAGAGUGGUGCUCCAGGGCCCGGAGGACUACAUCAACGCUAGCCACAUCACGGUGGCGCCGCCAGUGUCUGGUGUGUGUUUAUAUUAUAUUGCAGCUCAGGGUCCCUUGCCACAGACCUGCACUCACUUUUGGCAGACUGUUUGGGAGCAACAGACACAUACCAUCAUCAUGCUUACAACUCUGACAGAGAGAGGACGGACAAAGUGCCACCAAUACUGGCCACAUCCCCCGGAAGUGAAAGAUUAUGGGCACAUGCGGGUGAAGUGUCACUCUGAGGAGUGUAAUCUGGCAUAUGUGACAAGACAGUUCACUCUGACACACACACAGCGGGGUGAGGAACGUGCAGUCACGCACCUGCAGUAUGUCGCGUGGCCUGACCAUGGUGUACCUGAUGACCCUUCGGACUUCCUGCUGUUCGUCAGCUCGGUUAGGGAGAGGAGGAAAGGUGAAGAGCCAAUAAUUGUACACUGCAGCGCUGGGAUUGGGCGGACAGGUGUUCUGAUCACUAUGGAAAUGGCACUGACUCUGAUGGAUGCGGGUCGGCCGGUGUUCCCGCUGGACAUUGUCAAAACACUGAGAGAUCAGCGAGCUAUGAUGGUUCAGACCACGUCUCAGUUCCAGUUUGUGUGUGAGGCCAUUCUGCAAGUCUACAAGGAGAAACAGAGAGGAUCUACAGCACCGUAACUCAAAUCAGCAGCAGGACCAGAACAGACACAUUUCUUGUUUCAGCCUCAUGUCAUAGAAAGCAACUUCCACAGAGCGCUGUAACAGACUAAUCUCUGUCGUGGCUGGGGGAGUGGUACACAGGCUGGAUGAUGAGAGUGUAACUAGCUUCAGAGUCUUUGAUCUGUGUAGCCUGGAUUCGGUAUGAGACUCUGUCUUACAUCUAGUCUGUCUUAGUUUUCGCUGAUUGUGCAUUAAGCUUUUAGAGGCUGCGGUCUCCAUAGAGACUGAUGUGAGCUGCUAAUUUCUGUCCACAAGGCCAAUCAGGAGUGACGCCUCUAAGCCAUGUGUGCCUUAGACUGACACCUCCCAGUCAAUGGAUUGAAGCAAGCCAAGCUUUCAAUCACUACAGCAGAUACUGGAAGGUCAUGGUGGUGCAGCAGUGCACACUAACCACCAGAGGAGCACCAGAUCCACAGUUUAUCACUCUUAAAUUAUUAAAACACUAAAUAAAGACACUGAUUUAUACUGGUGUAUUUGCUUUGUCGUGUCUUCUGAUAAUUAAUGUAAUAAAAACAAGCCUGUUUCACACUGGCA